AUGAAUGCUUCACACCCAUUAAGGAAAAGUAUCGCAUCAUCAGCAAACAAAGAAUGCGAUAUGAUCAGGCAACCCUCUUCAAUGAUAUGGUUGAUAAGCCCACGGUCACCGCCGAGAGGGUUCGACUAAGGACUUCUUCAACCAAUAUGAAGAGAGUGGGUGAUAGGGGAUCACCCGCCAUAACCCUCUCGUGGCUGUGAAGAGAGGUAUAGAAGUGUUGUUCACCAAUAGGGAGAAAUGGUUCUCCCUAAUGCAUGCAUUGACCAGGUCAAUAAACUCGCAGCUGAAUCCAAAGCCAAGCACUUCGUAAGGAAAUUCCACUCGAUCCUAUCAAAAGCCUUUUCCAUGUCUAAUUUGAUGAUGACAUUAGAACCACGGAUGUCCUGGUCAAGGGAUUGUGCUAGUUUAUGAACUAACAUGAUGUUAUCAUGAAUGUGCCGCCCCUUAACAACCAAGACCGCCUCGAGAUAUGAGCCUAUCAAGAAAAAUACUCACCGUGCUGUAAUGAUCUUGGAUACAACUUUAUAACACACAUUACAAAGACUGAUGGGCUGAAAAUCUCAAAGAAGUUGGGUUGACCACCUUUGGUAUGAGUGCAAUAAAGGUGGCCUUCCAACUUCGUGGGAAGACUUUGUGGCGUAAGAAUUCUUUGAUGGCAUGAACUAAAUCAGUUCCGACGAUGUCCCAACAUAUUGAAUAGAAAUCCACCGAAAACCAUCGGCCUAGGUGCUCGGUUUCUACUCAUUGAGAAGAUCACAUCAUAAUAGAAUCGAUGAGAGUAUAUCCUCGAGAUCUCAAUCGGCGGAAGAAAGAAGGGUACGAAAGUAUGUAAUUCCGCCUCUUGCAUACGAGAUGUGUCUGAUCAUACAUCUCUAGAAGAGAUGUAUAAUCGAGCGAGAUGUGCGAUCGAGGCAUGAAAGAAACGCGGUGUUCCUAUCCCUCGCAGAGCCACUAGAUGCGGAUUUUGGAGAUAAUAUAUCUCCUAUCAUCGCAGCCUCUUCUAGUUGCUCACUCACUUAACUCGCCUCGCCAAGUGUCGCCAGUCCAUUGAGCCUCGCAAUUGUCUCUAACCCCAGCUAGCUCCUUCUUCAACUCUUCUACCUAGGUGUGGAUAUUCCCAGAUACAUGCCGGUUCCACCAUUUAAGGUGAAGUUUGAGAUUCCUUAAUUUGUAACCGAGGUUCUCCAUAUGAGAGUUUGAGAUAUCUCCAUGCCAAUGACUCCACGAAGCUUUGGAAGCCUUCAUGUCGAGUCCACAUAUUUUGAAACCUAAAAGGAGGUCUAGGGUACUAGCUCUCAAGUCAGGAGAAUAA